CACGGAGUCGUUGGAGUCAAUCUUGGAUGCAAUAAAACUUCUGCUGACCCUAUUGAAGAUUACGUCGCUGGAGUUCGCAAGUUCGGACCAAUCGCUGAUUACCUGGUUAUCAAUGUGUCUAGUCCGAAUACUCCAAAUCUUCGUUCUAUGCAGCAAAAGGAAAAAUUGCAUUGCCUGUUAAAUCGGGUAAUCGAGGCCCGAAACCAGCUUAAGAAGAAGACUCCAAUACUACUCAAAAUAUCACCAGAUGAAACGGAUCAAGCACUACAUGAUAUUGUGGAAGUGGCUCUACAUCCCAAGACCCGUGUGGAUGGUCUCGUGGUUUCUAACACAAUGCUAGCCACCCACGAUCAAGCAGUAGCUUGCGGUGCGGCCCCCAUUCAUGAUCAAACUCCUGACAGUGCACCCGUUUGGGGCGGCUUGAGCGGUGCACCGUUGCGCGACCGUUCGACCACUUGCUUGGCUAAAGUUGCGGCUCUGACGAAAGGGCAACUACCGCUGAUUGGAGUUGGAGGUAUUUCGAAUGCAACAGAUGCCGCCGAGAAGCUCGCUGCGGGUGCAUCUCUUAUCCAGUUGUACACCAGUAUGAUUUAUCAGGGCCCACCGGUGGCUCAUCGGGUUGCUAGGGGAUUGAGCGAACAAACAAAGGGAUCUUUAUCUAACCAGAUAUUCUGA